CAUUUUUAUUAAUUAUUCCAGUCGGCCAUACCCAGCAAUCGUGUAACGUUGACUUGACGAGACAUAUUUCUUUCAGCAAGUACAUCGUCACUUCUGGUAGUCUGAAUUUAAGAUUAUAAGUCUCUAACUGCAGUUUCCAAAAUGGCGGAGCCAAUCAAUGUAGUGGUGACCGGUGCAGCAGGUCAGAUUGCCUAUUCCUUACUGUAUCAAUUGGCAGCUGGAUCUGUCUUCGGACCUGAUCAACCCAUCAAUCUUCGACUUCUCGACAUUCCAGUGAUGAUGGAGGUGCUCCAGGGUGUUGUCAUGGAGCUAGAGGACCUAGCCCUUCCCCUCUUGAAAGAGGUUCUCCCGACUGCUGACCCUGCAGCAGCCUUCAAGGAUGCAGCAGCUGCAUUUUUGGUGGGUGCAAUGCCCAGGAAACAGGGGAUGGAGCGCAAGGAUCUUCUGUCGGCUAACGUGAAGAUCUUCAAGGUCCAGGGAGAAGCCCUUGACAAAUAUGCUCGCAAGGACGUGAAAGUCCUCGUCGUUGGCAAUCCAGCAAACACCAAUGCCCUCAUCUGCUCGCACUACGCUCCAUCCAUCCCCAAGGAGAACUUCACUGCUAUGACGAGACUCGAUCAGAAUCGAGCGCAAGCUGCGCUUGCUGCUCGACUUGGUGUUCAGGUUGAUAAAAUUCUGAACGUCAUCAUCUGGGGCAACCACAGCUCCACGCAGUUUCCGGAUGCCUCACAUGCAACUGUGAAUGGGAAACCUGUGCCAGCAGCUGUCAAUGAUGACACCUGGCUCAAUGAAGUCUUCUUGGAGACGAUCCAGAAGAGGGGGGCUGCUGUCAUAGCAGCCAGGAAAAUGUCAUCAGCUAUGUCAGCUGCCAAAGCAGCUGGUGAUCACAUGAGGGACUGGUGGAUGGGAACCAAGCCUGGACACUGGGUCUCCAUGGGAGUUCUCUCUGAUGGCAGCUAUGGAGUACCCAAGGACAUUGUCUUCUCCUUCCCCGUUACCAUAAAGGAUGGAAAAUUUAAUAUUGUUCAGAAUCUCCCCGUCAGCGACUUUGCAAGAAGCAAAUUGAAUGCAACAGCAAAAGAACUUGAGGAAGAGCGCACUGAAGCCCAUUCAGUCCUCAUGCCAUGACUAACUGGCCCCCAGUCCUCCGCCCUGACACGACCAGACACUAAAUGCAGACUCUAGGUUUUAAUGGAACAAUAUGCACCUGUUAACAUCAUCAACCCCAAUGUUUAGCUGAUAUAUGUGUAUAGAUGACGUCUGCCCCAAACUCUGCACUCGUCGAGUUGUUAUCCUAAUAUUACAGAGAAUAUAUCUACCAAUACAUUAUAAAAUUACAAUAAAUAUAGGAGGAUGGAACAAGGUA